CGGGGGCGGGAGGUCUCAGCCAUGGCUGCGGCGAAGCCUUGGGACCCGGUGUCGGCGCCAAACGCCGCCGGGCUACUGCUGGGCCAUUUCGUAGCUUCGGGGAUAGUCAGUCAGGAGAUGUUAAAUAUAUCUAAGAAAUCAACUCCUUGCUUUGUGAACUUCUCCAGGCUACAGCAGACCACAAAUAUUCAAGCUGAAAUCAAUCAGAAAAACCUGGAAAUUGAACUUCUAAGACUAGAAAAAGAUACAGCAGAUAUUGUUCAUCCUUCUUUUUUGGCUCAAAAAUGUCAAACUCUUCAAAGCAUGAAUAAUCAUUUGGAAGCAGUGCUAAAAGAAAAGAGGUCCCUCAGGCAAAGACUGUUGAAACCCAUGUGCCAGGAAAACCUGCCUAUUGAAGCUGUUUAUCACAGAUACCUGGUACAUUUGCUGGAAUUAGCAGUGACUUUCAUUGAGAGAUUAGAAACUCAUCUUGAAACAAUUAGAAGUAUUCCUCACUUAGAUGCAAAUCUAAAGAAAAUGAGCAAGGCUUUAGCCAAGAUGGAUAUUUUGGUGACUGAGACAGAAGAACUGGCAGAGAAUAUACUCAAGUGGCGAGAACAACAAAAGGAAAUUUCCUCUUGUAUCCCCAAAAUAUUAGCUGAAGAGAAUUAUCUUCACAAAUAUUAUAAUACCAUAACGCCUUAUUUACCUUUUAUUUCUAAAGUUUAUGUCCAAACUAUUAAUGCCAAGUGAUUCAACUGAUUCAAUUAAGCAAAAGUAAAUAAUUUAUUUUUGCUUAUUUGUGUGUAGUAAUGUGAAGGCCAUUUUUAGUCAAUGAUAACGCAGGUCUCUAUCAAUAGGCUUUGCUGCUAGCAAUACUGAAAGAGCCCUCUCUAUAUUGAAGGACUAAAAUUCCAAGUUCAUUAAGACCAAACUAAAUUUUUCUAUGUUUUUCAUAUACUUUUAUUCUUCUUUUCAAUAAAACUCAUGAAGAUCAAGUAUAACUGACAAUUUGUUAACAUGAGUUUGUUAUCCAUAUCUCCAUAUCUCAGGUAGCAGGUUCUAUAUGUCUUUUUUUUUUUAAUGCUUAUUUCUGAAUUAGAAGUCUUGAAUCUGAACAUAUGUUGAUUAUUCCUGUGAGAUUGUCACUAAAUGUGAAAAAGUAACAUACUCUCUUUAAAAAACAUACUCUUUAAAAAAAUAUUUUUUAUUGCCUGGCCAGUGU